AUGGCACGUUGGUCUGUACAAGAAUAUCAACAGCGUAACAACAAUAGAGAGCGCGACUGUUCGCUUCUUUGUCCGCACGCCAUUUGGAUCGUGGCGAGCCCCGAAGCGGUGCACCGGUCGUUUCGUUGUCCGCCCGCCGUUUGGAUUGUGGCGAGCCCCGAAGCAGUGCACCGUUCGUUUCAUUGUCCGAACGCCGUUUGGAUCGUGGCGAACCUGGAAGCGGUGCACCGGUCGUUUCGUUGUCCGCCCGCCGUUUGGAUCGUGGCGAACCCG